GCGGCCGCCAACAACUAGGAUCUGGAUCAGCUGUUUUGUUUUUGUUAAAAUUUCGCUAGCGAGUCUAUUGUGCGACGGGUCAGGCCGUGGUGACAGUGAGCCGUAGGGCGAGGGCGGUGCGAAGAAAAAAUAAAAAAUGGAAGGCCGAGAUUACGACCAGAUCAGGAACCUCACGCUGAUGUUCUUCAUCGAGCGGCUCAUGGACAAGGGCCAACCCCGGACCCUGCACGACCUGUCGUGUCAAUUCGGAACGAAAGGAUUCACCAAGGAAAUGCGACAGAUCGCUGGCGGGAGUCAGUCCGGCUUGAAGAAGUUCUUGCAACAAUAUCCGUCCCUAUUCACCAUCGAGGGCGAUCAAGUGACAGUGACCAACUUCAACUGUGGGAACGCCAAUUCGAAACGAAGAGACUACGAGCAAGAAGCCGUCGACUACUUUCGUAAUAAAUUAGAGCAAUACGGGAACGCCGAAGUUCCAAUCAAGUCACUGCUAGGACACAGAUCUCAAGCAUCGCCAGAAGUACGACACAUUUCGGGUCAACAUGGCAAAGAAUUCCGGGAUUUUCUCGCGAAACAUCCGGACAUUUUUGUGCUGAAGGAUGAUCACGUGGUGCUUCGUUCGGUCUUGUUGAACGUCGAAGGUGGUGCGGCGCUCAUCCAUCUGGAAGAAGAUUCGAUUCCCGAAGAAGAGCCUCCACAGCUGGACUCCCACCUCCGGGAGCAGCUGUGUUCGAUUUUUGAGCAGCAUGUCAAGUCGCGAAGCUCCGUUUCGGUGGACAAUCUCUUCUUACAUUUGACGUCAAGAUUCUCGAGAGACGUUUACUCGAAAAUGAUCAAAAGCGCCAGCGAUCUGUGCGCCUUCUUGAAAAUGAACUCGCACAUAUUCCACGUGCAGAGCAACAUCGUCUCGAUUUCCCCCGAGAGACUCAAACAGCAGGUCCGGAUUCAGCCUGACCCACCGGCUCCCAAGCAGGCCCCACCUCCGCCCUCCACUCCCGCACAGCCACAGAGUAUUCAGCAGCGCAUUAAGAAUCAAAUCCUUAAGGUUGUCGCUGAAAACUCGGCGAUGGAGUAUCGGGAUCGCGGAGGGUCGUUCCCGCAUCAACAGCCCCCGCCCGUCAUACAGAACCCCCAACAGACACUCGAACAGCAGAAAUGCCUCCAAGAAAUGCUGAGGAACGUCCGUAUAAUCGCCAAACCGAAGGAGUGCGCUACACUCGUCAAUAAUAUCCUCAACAAACAGUUUGACGUAGUUGCCGUCGACGCUGAAGGCGUCAAUCUCGGCAUAAAAGGUCCGAUGACCCUUCUGCAAAUUGCCACGCCCGAGAAACAGGUUUACAUUUUCGACCUGCUAUCGAAUCCAGCCCUGUUAGUUGAAGGCAAGCUCAAAGAGAUUCUCGAGAGUGAAAAACUGCUCAAAGUCAUGCACGACUGUCGCAACGAUAGCGCCGCCCUAUAUCACCAAUUCGGCAUCACGUUGAAGAAUGUGUUCGAUACGCAAGCGGCCCACGCCGUCCUACAACAGCAGGAUCACGCGAAGCCGGUCUACAAGGUGAAAAACAUUUCGUUGGCAACUCUCUGCGAAAUGUACGGUGGCCCCCUGAACCCUCGGAGAGAUCAAAUGAAAGCACUGUACAGACGUGAUCAAAAGUUCUGGUCUCGACGUCCGCUCACGGACGACAUGAUCUUCCACGCUGCUUUCGACGUGAUUUGCUUGAGCGCUCCCUCGGUUGUCGAGAACCUCAGAUCGGCCAUACGAGAAGAGAGUAAUAAUCUCAUGGAGGACCUCUGUCAGGAGCAAAUACAUUCCUACAUCCAGCCUGACGAGGUGAAGUUGAAAAAGAAACAACGGAAGGUGGAUCAUGAGGUUGCGGAUCUCCGAGCUCGACUGAGCGGUAACUCCGUCAAACCCAUCGUACUAUCGAAUCGGGAGAUUCGCUUAUUGAGGUACAUUGAGUUAACGGAGGAGGAGAUAGCCAAGAUUGAAGGAUCACCUAAAGUGGCCAAAAAGCUCGAGAGGCUCCGUAAUCACGGAAAAGAGGAUGAAGAUGAGGGCGAGGAAGACGAUGACCCUGAUGACGAUGAUUCCGAGGAGAGUGAUUCCAUGUCACAGCCACGCUCAGGUGACUACUGGAGCUACGUAAGUGACGAACCCUCAUCCCUGACGGCAGCUUCGCACACGACCACCGAGCCCGUCAGCUUCAGCGUGAACAACAAUCUCGACAGCAUCGGUUCAAACCUCUCGAAUCUGUCGAAUUCGUCUUCGGGAUGUUGUUGUCAGUGUCAUAGCAAUGGUGCUGCCCGGACCGGCAACGGCAUUGGCGGCGGAGGAGGGGGAAUGGGCGGCGGAGUUGGUUCGAAUAAUGGAAACCGCUCGGCUGGAAAAGAACGGCUAAAGCCGGCUGUCGACACAAGCCCACCUCCUAGUGCAGCCCCUGUCGAGAACAACGACUCUUCCACGUGCAAUUCCCCCAAAUUGUCGAACGGGAACCAAGAGAAACCGAGGUCACCGGGUUGCACGGUCGAUGAAGGCACGCAAACUCUUUCGACAGGAGAUGUUGUCAUCACAAGGGUGUACUUCGAGGAGGCCGAGCAUCACGGAACGCCCACUGAGGGCAACGAAUCGCGUGCGCCAAACGGUCCGGCUCCUAUACAGCUGGUAGCUUGA